ACAGUACCAAAAUUCGAAUAUAGAUUCUAUUGUAACCUUCCGCAAUGAAAAAAAUAUAUUACAACUAUGUGGCCAGAAAUAGAAUUUGAAUUGUGGUGUGGGCUGAUGGCCGGCACCAGCCUCUCUCACGUCAUCCAAUCGACGCUCCUGGAAUUGCCGAGAACCGCCCGCCACGUCAGAAUCUCCGCCAAAAGCCACCGCGUCUCCGCCACCUCCGACCACCGCCCUCAGGGUCCCUCCUGCAUCUACGUCGGCCCCCUCGAAACCGCCAACCAAGAGAACCUCGAAGCUCUUUAUUGCCAAGCACGGGAUGCUUAUUAUAGUGGUCACCCUCUCAUAGUUGAUGACAUGUUUGAUAGAGUAGAGUUACGGCUAAGAUGGUUUGGUUCAAAAUCGGUUGUCAAGUAUCCUCGGUGCAGUAUCAGGAGGCAAUCCACAUUUGCUGAUGCUGAGGAAGAUCUGUCUAUGGUUUUUGCAUUAGCAGGCACAUGGGCAAUGUUCCUUGCAUUUGGCAGUGUAGCUUGUGUUGGGCCCAUAUCAUACACUGUUGGCAUGGCUUAUCAAAAUGCAUUCGAUUCAGGCUUAUCACUUGGUAGUGAAACACCUGUACUAGGGUUUCUGGCCUUGGUGAACAGCCUUAUUUUCAUUGGGCUGGGUUUUGUCAUCGGCUACCCUGUUGCUUCUGCUUCAGUUAAGGUGCUUCAAGGCCUUUGGAGGAAUGACUUGGUGGCCCUAAAAGGUGCAUGUCCAAAUUGUGGAGAAGAGGUAUUUGCAUUUGUGAGAAUGGACAGGAAUAUUGACUCGCCUCACAGAGCAAAUUGUCAUGUGUGUGAGUGCUCAUUAGAAUUUCGCACAAAAGUGGAGUCUCUACUCCAUGCAAGGUUAAUCCCAUGGUACAGGGCCCAAAUUUCAGCUCGGGUAAUGGUGCAUUCCCCUAAAGAAAAAGCAAAGCCAAGAAUUAAAUUUUCCAUCACUAUCCUUCAUUCCCUUGAAACUCCAACAACUGAACCAUCAUGAUUCAGUGAUUCACAAUUGACUUUCACCCACCCUUCUUGUGGUGGAGUUCAGCUAAUACCAUCCUUAUUAAGUAAAAGGUGAUUUGGCUUCAACAGGGGACUUAUUAGCUGAUGCAGCUUGGAGAUAUUGUAUAUUCAGGAUUUUGGCCUUGUGAGCUACUGUAGUUGGAGAUUGAUCCUUUCCUGAAAAAACCAGAUCAUUUCUACUCCUCCAUGGAAUAUCUAUGGCUAUUCCAAACCAGCUUGUCCAAUGCCUUUGUUACUGAUUCCUUUCAUUUAAAUUCUGCAUCAGCUAUUGAAGACUAGAAUUUGUGAAAAAAAAUGGAGGAGAGUUGGUAGCCAGCAAGCUUGUUCCACGUUCCAAAAGCACAAGGGCAAUCUCUAACAACAUCCAAUGUUGCUUCAGUUGUGAUUCUAGUUACCUUUCCAGUUACUUUAUUAUUAUCUUUUUUUAUAAUGUUAGUGGCGUGCGUUUCUUUAGACCGGGCCACCACUAUGAACACUAUGUGUCUGUUCCAUUAUAUAUGAUAUGAUAUCCACAAUUGUAAACCCAAAGAAAAUGGUUUACAUAG